UCCCGCUGCGGUGCAAGCAAGGGUUGCAGCCGCUGUGGGGGACGGCAUGCUGGCCAAGGGGCUUCCUCUUCGCUCAGUCCUGGUCAAAGGCUGCCCGCCGGUCCUGUGCACCAUGCGGGAGGGUCCGGGCCAUCCCAGGAUGCCCACUGGGGAGGGGGCCAGUAUCUCCACUCAGAUUCCUCGCCCCUUCAAUGAGAUCCCCACCCCUGGAAACAAUGGCUGGCUAAAUCUGUACAAUUUCUGGAGGGAGAUGGGCUCACAGAAAAUCCACUACCACCAGGUCCAGAACUUCCAGAAGUAUGGCCCCAUUUAUAGGGAGAAGCUGGGCAGCGUGGAAUCGGUUUAUAUCAUCGACCCUGAAGAUGUGGCCCUCCUCUUUAAAUGUGAGGGUCCCACACCAGAACGAUUUUGCAUCCCGCCCUGGGUAGCCUAUCACCAGUAUCACCAGAGACCCCUCGGAGUCCUGUUGAAGAAGUCAGGAGCUUGGAAGAAAGACCGGCUGGUCCUGAACCAGGAGGUGAUGGCCCCAGAGGCCAUAAAGAACUUCAUUCCACUGCUGGAUCCAGUGUCUCAGGACUUUGUCAAAGUCCUACACCGGCGCAUCAAGCAGCAGGGCUCCGGAAAGUUCUCAGGGGACAUCAGUGACGAUCUGUUUCGCUUCGCCUUUGAGUCCAUCACCAACGUCAUGUUUGGGGAGCGCCUGGGGAUGCUGGAGGAGAGAGUGGACCCUGAGGCCCAGCGGUUCAUCGAUGCUGUCUACCAGAUGUUCCAUACCAGCGUGCCCAUGCUCACCUUCCCCCCGGAACUGUUCCGUCUAUUCAAGACCAAGACCUGGAGAGACCAUGUGGCUGCCUGGGAUGUGAUUUUCAAUAAAGCCGAGAUCUACACCCAGAACUUCUACUGGGACCUGAGGCAGAAGAGAGAUGUCAACAAUUACCCGGGUAUCCUCCACCGCCUCCUAAAAAAUAACAAGCUGCUCUUUGAGGACGUCAAGGCCAAUAUCACAGAGAUGUUGGCCGGGGGUGUGGACACGACAUCCAUGACUCUGCAGUGGCACCUCUAUGAGAUGGCACGCAGUUUGAGGGUGCAGGAGAUGCUGCGGGAGGAGGUCCUGGCCGCCCGGCGCCAGGCCCAGGGAGAUGUGAGCGCGAUGCUGCAGCUGGUCCCACUCCUCAAAGCUAGCAUCAAGGAGACAUUGAGGGCAUCAGCCCUGAAUGUUUCUUCUGGCAGGAUCCACCCCAUCUCUGUGACCCUGCAGCGGUAUCUUGAAAAUGAUUUGGUUCUUCGGAAUUACAUGAUUCCUGCCAAGACGUUGGUGCAGGUGUCCACCUAUGCCAUGGGACAGGACCCCACUUUCUUCUUCAAUCCGAGCAAGUUUGACCCAACUCGAUGGCUGGGUAAAGACAAGAACCUCAUCCACUUCCGGAACCUGGGCUUUGGCUGGGGUGUGCGACAGUGCGUGGGCCGGCGGAUCGCUGAGCUCGAGAUGACCCUCUUCCUCAUCCACAUUCUGGAGAACUUCCGAGUUGAAAUGCAACAUCUCUGUGAUGUGGGCACCACGUUCAACCUCAUCCUGAUGCCCGACCAGCCCAUCUUCUUCACCUUCAGGCCCUUCAGCCAGGAUCUACCCCCGGUGUGAUUAGAGAGGGUGGACUCCGCCUCUGCCACCCACCAAGCCAGCAGGGGUGCUGGAGGGAGGCCCGAGGGGGUGGCACCCUAGGUGGUGUCAGCUCGUCUGUCCUCAGUCCCCCUCCCCUGCUCCUUUUGGACCAGCUCUGAGAAGAGAGAGUCCGUACUCAGGGGUCAGCUGCCCCAGCUCAGCCAGGACACCCCUCUUUCCUGCCGCCUCUUCCCCCUCUUCACCUGCCCCAGGAAGGCAAUAAACGGCUGAACU